CGUUCCCCAGCGAGAGGAACAGCACUCCUCUUCAUACGAUACCAAAACAUUGCCAAAAAGGAUAUUUUAAACGAAAUUUCCUCGUUAAAAUGGAUGCAAACGACAGUCAUGCGAACCCUUCUCUGACUGCUGAGGUGUCGCUCUCGUUUCAAGACGAACUGACUGCAACCCUUCAAAACGCGCUCGGUGUUGCUGUAGAGAUCGCCGUUGUCGAGAUCACCAAACUGCUCGACAGAGCGCUCAGAGACGUACAGGACAAGAUUCAAGAAGCUCUGCGGGACAACAGUACCCUCAAGUUCAGGCUGCAAACAGCUGAAACACAACUGACGACUGUGCGUGCUCGCCUGGACCAACAGCCUCAAGGGCUUGAAGAUUUUCCAAUUGGCACUAGAAGUCAUUCUGCGAAAAAAACACCUGGUAUCAGGUGUAGGCUUCAGCGGGGGCUUCGGCAGUUAAAUAACCGUAAUGUAGUGCAUUCGAGCCCCAUACAAGAACCCGAGCCCACUAUGGACUCCGAACGUGAUUAUGAGGUAUGUGUCCAGAGAGGAUCACCCUCUGAGAUCCCAUCUGGAGGUGCGAGCGCUCAUACUUCGGAAACACUGGAAGAAGCCAUCCAACAUAGGUUACAUGAGACAAAUGACAUAAAAAAUGAGCAGAUAUGUGCUGGGACAGAUGCAGGUGUGCUCAGUGAGGGGUCAUCCUUUGAAGUAUCUGUAAAGGUAGAGAAAGAUGAGGGUUAUUGUGACCCAAUCCCUGUGUCUCUCUCUGGAGGGGAGGAGCCUAACUCAGACAGCCUCUCUCUGGCUCAGUCUCAAUUACUUGAAGACUGGAGACCUGAGCCAUUGAAUUCAGAAAGCUACCAAUCAAACCUGCACUGCCAGUCCACCAACCUCCCUAAAGACCUAGAUUUCCUGUCGUCUCCGUCCUCUGGCCAGCAUGCCCACUUCCCAAAACUCCAUAACAACCACCACAAGAGCCCCAAGCGCCAUCCGUUUCCCACCGACCGAAGCCAGUAUCAUUGCAGCCUAUGCGGACGAGACUUCAACCGUAAGCACCAUCUCAAGAUCCAUCAAAGGAUCCAUACAGGAGAGAGGCCAUAUGCCUGCUCUGUCUGCAGUGCACGCUUCCGCCAUGCAUUGACACUCACACGGCACUUCCGCCUCCACACAGGGGAGAAACCAUAUGCUUGUGGACAGUGUGGAAAAACGUUUCGAAAUGGUGGUGGGUUGAGGUUCCAUCAGUGCUCCAUCACAACAGCUGUAUAAAUCCACCAUUGAU